CGCGCAAAAUGACCGAAACACCCCUCCCGACCAAUGCAACCGCAGCGAUCCCUCCUCCCACCUCCGGUCGCCGCCGACCACUCCGAUGCCCGGUCCCCUGCCUCGAUAAAAACUCGCCAAACCCCAAGUGGCCAAGGCGCCCGUUCGGAUUGCUCGCUGCCUCUCUGCCUCCUCCUUCUCCCUCGGUUCUCGUUCUGUAAGCUCUCCUCUCCUGCUUGCUCGACUCGAAAGUUCGAAUUUUUUUCUAGCUUUUGGCUGCGAGUUAUUAUUGAGGGCUCCAGCUCUUCUGAGCUGGAUUGUGGCCAGCUCAAUCUUGGACAGCUCACCGGCACGAUUCCAACAGCUUCCCGACCUUCCCCCAAUUCUUGGAGCCGAGCUCCGCGAAAUCCACCCAAAAUUGUAGUGUUUUCUUGCCAAGAUUGCUGUCUUCGUCGGAUUCCCGGCGGAAAUCUUGAAUUCUUUGCACUCCUGUCCGGGCCCGAUUGGUUCCGAGCUUGAAGAGUAGCGGGUUGCAUUGCGCUUGCGCCGUGUCCGUUCCGAUGACGAGGGUCACCGCCGCGCUGCUCGUGGCAGCGGCGGUGGUGUGCUGGGCGGCGGCGGAGGCGGAGGGGCUGGGGAUGAACUGGGGCACGCAGGCGACGCACCCGCUGCCUCCCAAGGUGGUGGUGCAGCUGCUCCGGGACAACGGCAUCAAGAAGGUGAAGCUGUUCGACACCGACUUCGCCGCCAUGAGCGCGCUCGCCGGCAGCGGCGUCGAGGUCAUGGUGGCCAUCCCGAACAACAUGCUCGCCGACCUCGCCGGCGACUCCGGCAAAGCCAAGGACUGGGUCAAGAGCAACGUCAAGCGGUACGACUUCGACGGCGGCGUCACCAUCAAGUACGUGGCCGUCGGCAACGAGCCGUUCUUGGAGUCGUACAACGGCUCGUUCAUCAACAUCACCUUCCCGGCGCUGCAGAACAUCCAGAAUGCGCUCAACGACGCCGGCGUUGGCGACAGGAUCAAGGCCACCGUCCCGCUCAACGCCGACGUGUACAACUCCCCCGCCAAGAACCCGGUGCCGUCCGCGGGCCGCUUCCGCGCCGACAUCUCCGGCCUCAUGACGGACAUCGUCAAGUUCCUGGCCAAGAACAACGCGCCCUUCACCGUCAACAUCUACCCGUUCCUGAGCCUGUACCUGAACGACAACUUCCCGCUCGACUACGCCUUCUUCGACGGCGGCGCCACGCCGGUGAACGACAACGGCAUCAUGUACACCAACGUGUUCGACGCCAACUUCGACACGCUGGUGGCCGCGCUCAAGGCCGUGGGGCACGGCGACAUGCCCGUCAUCGUCGGGGAGGUCGGCUGGCCAACUGACGGCGACAAGCACGCCAAGUCCACCUACGCGCAGCGGUUCUACGCCGGGCUGCUCAAGCGGCUGGCGGCGAACACGGGCACGCCGGCUCGGCCGAACCAGUACAUCGAGGUGUACCUGUUCGGGCUGGUCGACGAGGACAGGAAGAGCGUGGCGCCGGGCAACUUCGAGCGGCACUGGGGCGUCCUCCGGUACGACGGGCAGCCCAAGUACGCCAUGGACCUCACCGGGCAGGGCCGGAACACGAUGCUCGUGCCGGCAAAGGGUGUGAAGUACCUGUCCAGGACGUGGUGCGCGCUGAACCCCAACGCCAAGGACCUCCGCCGGCUCGGCGCCAACAUCGACUACGCGUGCACGUACGCCGACUGCACACCGCUGGGGUACGGCUCGACGUGCAACGGCAUGGACACCGCCGGCAACGCCUCGUACGCGUUCAACGCCUACUACCAGGCGCAGAACCAGAAGGACGCGGCGUGCGACUUCCAGGGCCUCGCGCUGCCGACGGAGACCGACCCGUCCACGGCGUCGUGCAACUUCACCAUACAGAUCCAAACCUCAUCGGCGGCGGCGCCGGAGUCAGUGCACGGCCGGAGCGGCGCGGCGCUCGGCGCCGUGGUGGCUGCCGUGCUAGUGGCGUUGAUCCAGUUCUUGGCAUUGUGGUAGGAGCUACUGCUGCCGCCCGUGGUGCUUGUGUACUCGUGUACGUGUCGGAAAGAUCAAUCUGCACUGUUGAUUUGUUCUAUUUUUUUGAAAAUUUCAACCCUGCUUUGACCUUUCCAACUGGAUUAGACGCUGAUAAUUAAGGGGACUAGAAACUGCAUACAUGUUCACAUAAGUAGAAUCAAUUUGAGAUAUUAUAA